AUAAAUACAUGUGUAUUAUUGCUGAGUGGUAUUUGAUCCGGGGAAAAUACGUCCAAGGAAACUUGAAUCUUAACCCCUGUGCUUGGUAAAAAAAAAUACACACACACACAAGUAAUUAGUGUUGUAUCAGUUAAUUAAUAUCGUGAGUAUAUUAUUGGCAAGUGUGUUAAUUAAUCCGAGAUUAAUAUAAGUUAAUUAUUUGAGUGCUGAGGCGUAUCCAAACGACCUUGAUAACCACGCGAUAUCAAAAAAAAAUAAUUUAGUUUAUUAGUUAGAACGCAACGCAUUAGUUACAGUCGAUGUAAUCAGUCAUUAUUAUUUACUUAUUAAAUAUUUUAUUGAAAUAAUAUGGCUGGAAUAUUUGACAUAGAGCUACACGAUGGUGACAAUGUAGAUCAGGAUGAGUCUGAUGAUGAUAUUAUUGAAGCAGCAGAGAGUGAUUACAAUACGCAUCCUGAUGUUAAUGAAAUAUUGGAGUCUGAAGAUGUAGAGAGAGUUCAGUUAUCCGAGCAAACGGUUAAUCCUGGGGAUGAAAAAGUCGGGCCAAAGGAUUUCGAGCUGUGUAAAAUUUUGGGAGAAGGCGGCUAUGGAAAAGUAUUUCAAGUACGGAAAGUAAGCGGCAAAGACAAAGGAAGUAUUUUUGCCAUGAAAGUUUUGUGCAAAGCCUCAAUUAUUCGUAAUCAAAAAGAUACAGCUCACACCAAAGCCGAGAGAAAUAUUCUCGAGGCAGUCAAACAUCCGUUUAUCGUUAAUUUAAUUUACGCAUUUCAAACUGGGGGUAAACUUUAUUUGAUUCUCGAGUAUCUGUGUGGUGGGGAACUAUUUACUUAUUUAGAUCGCGAAGGAAUAUUCCUUGAAGACACAGCCUGUUUUUAUUUAUCUGAAAUAAUACUUGCGCUCCAGCAUCUCCACAAGCUUGGAAUUAUCUACCGUGAUUUGAAACCCGAAAAUAUUCUUCUGGACCGCGAAGGCCACGUCAAGCUGACGGACUUCGGUUUAUGUAAAGAGCACAUCCAGGAAGGUACUGUGACUCACACAUUCUGCGGUACAAUUGAGUACAUGGCACCGGAAAUACUGACAAGAAGUGGCCACGGUAAAGCCGUUGACUGGUGGAGUCUUGGUGCUCUGAUGUACGAUAUGUUAACCGGCAUGCCGCCGUUUACUGCCGACGAUCGUAAAAAAACAAUUGAGAAAAUACUUAAAGGCAAGCUGGCUUUGCCGCAGUAUUUAACCCCAGAUGCCCGUGAUUUGAUAAGAAAGCUAUUGAAGAGACAAGUAGCUCAGAGGCUGGGAUCAGGACCCGAAGAUGCCGAGCAGAUAAUGAACCACAACUUCUUCAAGCAUAUCAGUUGGCAGGAUGUCAUUUCCCGUAAACUGGAGCCGCCGUUCAAACCAUCGCUCAAGAGCGCCGAUGAUACCUCGCAGUUCGACGAGCAGUUCACAGCGACAGUACCAGUUGAUUCACCUGUUGAAAGUACUCUCAGCGAGUCAGCGAACAUGAUAUUCCAGGGCUUUACUUAUGUCGCUCCGAGUGUACUCGAGGGCCUGUACAGCCAAUCAAAGAGCUCUCGUAGCCCGCGACACUACUCGAGUAGUCACAGGAGAAGUUACUCUCCAGCUAACAAUCGAUCGAGUAGCUACCAAAUGCAGUCCAGGUUCACUCGCGGACGAAACAGUCUAGAAGAUACAGAGAUGAUGGACGUGGCGCAGCUUUCAGAGCAUUUAUAGUUCGCUCAAGAAAGUACCAGCAAAGAUGCGUCUCAAGAAAUGCGCAAAUCAUAUAUAUAGAUAUAUAUAUACACAUAUAUUUUUUUUUUUAGCUGAGUCAACGAAUAUUCGAGAAGAGAUAAUGAAGAUCUCGGGCGCACUCACUGCCGCGCGAUUGCUUGUCAGUUUCGCAUCUGAUAUCUUCAGUUUAUUCAUGAUAUUUAAGGAUUUAAAAUGAAAAAUUAAUUUUUUUUUUUAUAGUCGUCAUUAGUUUGAAAUUAACAGCGGGAAAUAUUUUUCAGUGAGGAGUAAAAUAUAUAAUUUUUGACUUUGUCUUUAAUCCAAAGGUUCUUUUGUUGAAUUAAAAGUCGAGAUAAAAGUUUUUAAAUGCAAGUUUGUAAAAUAGUUUAGUCUAAUUAAUUAUUCGUCAAAAGAUAUUUUAUUCCUCAGUUUAUUACUUUUAGUACAGCGAUAAUUUUUAUUUAUUUAAAUAAAAAUUUCAGUGGAUUUAUUUUUUUUUUCCAUUUACGGAAUAUAAUUGUGUAGUUUUUUUUCGUUUGUCAUGUAUAUAAAAAAAAAAAAAAAAAAAACAGAGGAGAAUUGACUGUGCAAUUAGAACGAGCUUGCGAAAUAAUUGUUGCUAUUUUUUUGUCGUUAAUUUUUUUUGUUUCUGUAAAUUAUUUAAA